CCAGGUGGUCCAUUAGAGACUUGAGUCACUUCGUUUCUCUCCUUGGUUAAGCGRAGUUCUGUCUUCAGCGAGCAAGAAGAUGAAGUGUUACACUAAAGUCAUCUGGCUUCUACUCCUUUGCUGUGUUACACUCGCUCAUGCAAGGUCCUACAAAGUGGUGAUUUUGACUGGUUUUUACGAUGCAAAUGGAUGGAUUGAAGUACGAGUACUCGGUGAUAAAGGAGCAACAGCUUCUCAURCCUUUGUUCCGCCAGGAAACGUUUUUAAGAAAGUUAGUAAAUACCGCACUUCCAUAUCGAACGCGGUUGAUGUUGGCAAAUUGACCGGCGUAUCAAUGUAUUUUCAUUCUACUGGGUCGUCAUAUUCAAUUGAUAUAAAUAAGGUCGUGGUCUUCUCCAAUGGCCUCUUGUCCUCGUUUUUGAACUACUACAAUAACAUCCCUYCUGGCAAAUGGAUUCUCAUCGGAGGGAAAUGUCCUUUGGGGUUCGAAUUAGGACCAGAUGGAAAUUGCGUAGACAAAGACGAGUGCAAAACAAUGUGUAAUGGAAAACUGGCAAAAUGCACCAAUACGGUUGGCUAUUAUAAAUGUGAAUGCCCUGAAGGAUAUAGACUUCAUAAUUGGAAAGACUGCGAAGACGUUAACGAAUGCCUCUACUCAAACGUAUGCAAGGAGUACUGCUUUAACACUCAGGGCUCAUACAAAUGCGGGUGCCGUAGCGGAUACAAGGUCGUAAAUGGGACAAAGUGCGCUGAUAUCGACGAGUGUCAAGAAGGAAGCCACAAUUGUGACAGUGAGUCGACUUACUGUAGCAACGUCGUAGGAGGAUUCUACUGCUAYUGUAAUCCUGGCUAUCAACGCGUCAACAGAACUCAUUGUGAAGUUCAUUACUGCGGAGGUUUGUCUCAUUACUCAAACAAGAAAACAAAACUCGUCCCUUCGCGUUGCUCGAUGGAAAAAGCAAACCGAUUCAAGGAUAGCUGUACUAUGGUCUGUAAGUAUGGCUACGAAAUGAGGGAUCCUACUCAGAUUACGGUCACCUGUGGAGACCAUGGACUUUGGAAAGGAGGCUUUAGUUAUUGUAGAGGAGUCAAGUGCCCUCCAGUAUCGUCUCCUCCAAAUGCAACUACUUACCCAUCUAGUUGCUUAACUGAGGGUGGUCGCCAUGACUCCGGCAGUAAUUGUUACCAAUACUGUGACAGUGGAUAUCAAAAGAUAAGCGGAGGAACCCUGGUAUGUCAAGCCAAUGGGACGUGGUCUGGCUCUCCAGCAAAGUGCAAAAAGGUUUAUCCUGCUCCUCAGAUCACGUGCCCUUCAUGGAUCGAUGUCAUUCUUCCGCCGGGGAAGAACACCACUUCUCUUGGAUCCAAAUGGAAACUACCCACGUCUAAUGUAAACAAUCUCACCGUCUCCCCUUCUUGGGCAAACCAGUUCUCUCAAUUCCCUUAUGGCAGAACUCGAAUCACAUGGACAGCAACAAACCCGGAAGGCUUAACUGAUACCUGCAUUCUUUAUGUUGAAGUUAAAGACGAAGAGCCUCCCAAAGUGACCUUCUGCCCUGGACCAACGAUCUUCCAAGCAGCCUACACACCCAAGGUCUUUGUCAAAUAUAAAAGACCUACGUUUACAGAUAAUGUUGGAGUAGCAAGUGUGACUCCAGAAUACAAGGGAGGGCUUGAGGUUGCACGUGGACCGCGAUACAAUCAGUAUUACACUGCAUCAGACAAGGCAGGAAACAGGGUGUCUUGCAAGUUUGAAAUAAUUACAAUGUCCACUGGGGUACUAUUACAAGGAUAUGAGUGGUAACGACACUUGUAUUCAGUGUGCCGCAGGAACGUACCAGGACCAAAGAGRAAGCACCAGUUGUAAGGCGUGCCCACAAGGGACAUCAUCUCUUCAAGGGAAUCGCGUGUGUAGGGCUUUGUGUCCACGUGGUACAUUUUCCAAGGACGGCAUGAGACCAUUCUGUGCUCUGUGCCCCCAAGGUCAAUAUCAACCAAACGAAGGACAAACUAACUGUCUGGUCUGUCCGAGCAAUAAAUUCACCAACACUAAACUUGGGUCUUAUUCGUGUGGAGCGGAUUUCCUUGGUAUCAUGAAACACAAAGAGAUCAGCAACGCAGCCGGUAAACCAGUUGGUGCUCGACUGACUAUAACCAGAACUGCAUCAUACAAUGCUGAGGUCCAGUAUGUUUGUACUGCCAGCAACCCAAAUGGACAAACCAAAAACGAAGUCACCGUAAAGUCUGAUCACUGAACCGUUGGCCAUGAUCAUCUUUAGACAGCGAAGCUGACGUCAUAGGUUAAUGCUUUGCUGUACAUGUCAUUUUGUCGUAAAAUUAAACCAAGACUAUAUACGAAAAUAAAGCUCAGAGAAAUGA